AAAGCUCGUGAAGCUAAUCAAGAGCUUCAGGUUCAGCUGGAUCAUGCAGUGCAGCAAUCAUUGGAUCCUACAAGUAAAGGCAAUUCUCUCUUUGCUGAGGUGGAGGACCGUAGGGCAGAAAUGGAACGACAGCUGAUCAGUGUGAAAAUAAAAUAUCAGUCACUACAAAAACAGCAUGCAUUCACUAGAGAACAGUUGCAAAGAAUGAAGCUGCAAAUGGCUACGCUGCUACAGAUGAAAGGCUCUCAGGCAGAAUUUGAGCAGCUGGAACGCUUACAGUCUAUGUUAGAACAAAAGAAUGGUGAGAUAGAAGAUCUUCUUAUGAAAGUGAGGCAGCUAGAAAAAUUUAAGACUUUAUAUGAGAGUAUGGAAGAAUCCAGAGCUAGCAGUAGCUCAAAAGGAGGAGAGUCUGAAGAUGGCUACUAUGCAGAUUUAUUGCAAAUGAAACUUGACAACUCAAACAAGGAAACGGAAACCUUGAAAAAUGAGCUAUCUUUGCAGCGGAUGAAAGCUCUGUAUGAGAGCCAAAGGGUUCUGGAAGUUGAAAGGAAACUUUUCGCGAAUGAGAGGCAUUUGCAAGCUUGUCAGAGUGAGAAUAUGAACUUGCGAGUUAUGCUGGAUGAGCUAAAAAUGAAAUAUGAACCCGAAGAAUUACUUAAAGGCACUAAAAUUAAAAAGAAGAGGGAGAAGAUUCCAGUGGACAGUACUUGUGAGUACUUGGACAGCAAAAAUACUUCUGUAAAAGAAGCUGCUCACACUCAAUUGCCAAGUAAGGAAGAAACAAAGGUGACUUCCAAGAACUUGGAGCAAAGUGAUGCUUCUCCAAAAAAACAUGCUCUUGAAGCCCCACCAAUAAAUAUAGCUCUUCAAGCAAUGCAAAAAGUAGUUGAACCUGAAAGAGAAAGAAAAAGAGCUAAAACUAAAGAUGAGAAUCAUGAUGCCUGUACUUCAUAUAGCAGAAGUGGAAGUAAUUCCUUGACUUCAGCUGCCCCCAGGUUAACAGCUGAAUCCAGAUUUGAAUCUAUGGAAAAAGAAGAUAAGAAAGAAAAAAUCACGACUGAGAAGAAAACACAAAAGAAAAAAUACACAACGUUGUAUGUAUCUUCUAAGCCAACUCCUGAAACACAGUGUGCUCAGCAAUAAAACUUACAUUUGUGGAAGGAACCUGAACAAUUCUGCUUCAGCAGG